AUGGCGGCCACGCCGACAGACGUACGAUGGCAUUUGGAGGACGGCGUGGAGCACAACUUCUCGCCAGCCUGUCUCGAACAUGCUAAGGGGCUCUACGUGCUGGCGGCGCCUGGGCUCAGGCUGCCUGGCUGGGGUAUGGACGACGCCGACAUGAUGCACAGGAUGAUGGCCCUCACCUCGUGGCUGGACCUGCUCAGCACCUGCAGGGUGAGGCACGUCCUCGUGCUGAUGGCGCCCGAGGAGCUGCAGCGCCGGUACGCGGGCCUGGGAGACGGGAGCCUGGAGGCCACCUGCGAGGGCCAGGGCAUCCCCCCGGCGGCUCAGAGAUGA